AAACAAACGACCUGCCGCAUCCUUGACCACUACCUGCAACCAGUAAGUACUAAUAACAAAUAUAAUGGGUCUUAAGCGGUCUGCAGAAGAUGAUCUCUUACCAACCGGGAAAGUAGCUAGAGCCAAAAUAGAAGGCGAUUAUGCUCUCGCCUUCCCAAGCCUUUCACAUCCAGUUUCACAUUCACCCGCGUUUCAGCGCCCUAGUCAACUUAUCACGUUUUCGUAUUCACCCUCUCGCGUUCUACAAUUUGACGACUCUGCAUUGCGCUAUUUCGUCAAUCCACCGCAUGGUGCAGAUCUCAAUCACGGGUACAAAAGUUGGACACGGCGUCCAGAAGAACGUGGACGCAUUGAUGGUUUGUUGAGCGCGUGGUCACGGUUCAAGAAAAACCUCAAUGGGCAAAAUCCCGAGAUUGGAGUGAUAAGCUGGAGAGGGGUUAUCACCAAAAUAUUGACAGCACCUUACGAAGAGCGAGAUGCUUGGGAGCUCAAUGUGAUGUGUGUCGACGGUACUAUGUACUUUGAGGAGCAUCUUUCAGAUGCAAGAUUAAAGGAAAAGAGCGACCUGGAACCUCGGCAGCUGCUCCAGUCUUACUAUGGAUAUUCAUUUGAAUCGUAUUGCACAUCAUCGACUCCGAACGAACGUAAUCAACAUGCUUCUGGUUCCUCCUCUGGUACCUCGGGCGCUGUUGGCUGGGGCGGCGAUGUUGAUACCAAUGUUCAGUGGUGCAGUGUUGUUAAGACCAAGUUGGGUGAUACACGGAUCAUCAUUGGUGGAGAAGUAGACUGCGUUCGAGGUAUGUGCCAAUUUGCGUCAAUAGAUAGGAGACGUUAUUUGGUUACAGGAGGAUAUACCGGAAAUACUGACAACUUCGUGGAACUCAAAACUUCACUAUCAAUACGUGGCGCACAAGACGAAGCCAGGUUUGAAAAAAAGCUUUUGAAGUUCUAUUUCCAGUCAUUUCUGCUAGGAGUUCCGGAGAUCUUUGUUGGGUUUAGGAAGCCCUCAGGAUACUUGACGACUACGCAAGUCUUUCAGACUGUACAGAUACCUCGUCUGGUUCGGGGAAAGCCUGGCGCGUGGGACCCUAAUGUCUGUCUAGCAUGGGGAGACCAAUUUAUAACUUUCCUCACGAACACCGUCAGAGGAGGCUCGAGGGGUAAUGUCUGGCGUAUCAAAUUCACGCCAAAGAUAGGGGUCUCUGUUGUUUUGCUAGACGAUGUGGACGUCAGGGACGUUGAAGGAGGAGAACGCCGCGUGGGAUUUCUUCCAAGAUGGUAUUGGGAAGAAAUAAAUGGUGCCGUCGCGUAUGACUCAGAAGUUAAGAGUCCAAACAAGGAGUGAAGGAGCGUCGUCCAAGAUCAUAUGCCCAUCUGAUCGAAACUCAUAACUGUCAGCUGGGCUAACCAACUAUUCUCGCGAGAUGUCUUUUAGACUCACG